UGUUCAAGAUCGUGACCCGCACCACAUCCCUACCUUUAUACUUUUCCUUUAACGGCAUGUCAAACUAAUCGAUUUCGUUUGCUUCUUCUUUGUUCCUCUGAUCAUAUCAAUCUAUUCAACUGCAAUUCGUAAACGAUUUAAGGGUUUCAGUUCGGCGAUCGUAGAUCUAAUUCCAUUAAUUACCUUUAUAGGAAUUGAAGAUCGUCACUCUGUUGAUUCAACCGAAGCAAGUAAUCAUGUUUACUCGAGUUUUUGGAAAACCUAAGCAAGAACCUAAUGCCGUAACAUCAUUAGACAAAUUAAACGAGACACUUGAAAUGCUGGAAAAGAAAGAGAAAGUGCUUAUAAAGAAGGCUUCUGCAGAGGUGGAGAAAGCCAAGGACUAUACUAAAGCAAAGAACAAAAGGGCGGCAAUACAAUGCUUAAAGAGGAAGAAACUCUAUGAACAGCAAAUUGAACAGCUGGGGAACUUCCAGUUACGUAUUCAUGACCAGAUGAUCAUGCUAGAAGGUGCAAAAGCUACCACAGAGACUGUUGAUGCGUUGAGAACUGGUGCAUCAGCAAUGAAGGCCAUGCAGAAGGCAACAAAUAUUGACGACGUUGACAAGACCAUGGAUGAGAUAAACGAACAAACUGAAAAUAUGAAGCUAAUUCAGGAGGCAUUGGCAACACCAAUGGGUGCCGCUGCUGAUUUUGAUGAGGAUGAACUGGAAGCUGAACUUGAGGAACUAGAAGGAGCUGAGUUGGAGGAACAGCUUCUUCAACCUGCCACAACCGCCCCUGCUGCUCCAGUGCACGUGCCAGCUGGCAAGCAACCAACACGUCCAGCACCUCGCCAAAACACUGCUGAGGAAGAUGAACUUGCUGCGUUGCAAGCAGAAAUGGCACUUUAAAAGAGGUCUAUUUGCGGAUGGCUGGAGUUUUACUCGAAACACCAUGAGAAACAGAAGAAAUGUGUUCAGUUAUAUCUUGUACAGUUGUGAUUGUAGACUAAUAAUAAAUAAAUAUAAAGUUGGAGAGUCUGGAGCAUGUAAGUGAAAGAUUUGAGUGUUGUAUUAUACUUUAAGAUCAUAAAGGUCCAUUGAACACAACUUCUUACAUUUCUUACCUA